CGGCAUAUUCUGGCAGUAGCCCGAUUCAAGAUUCAGAAGGUUAUCCUGGCCUUGGGUGACUACAUGGGCGCUUCUUGCCAUGCCUGCAUUGGAGGCACCAACGUGCGGAACGAAAUGCAGAAACUCCAGGCGGAGGCUCCACACAUCGUCGUUGGCACGCCAGGCCGUGUGUUUGACAUGCUGAACAGGAGAUACCUGUCUCCCAAAUGGAUCAAGAUGUUUGUCCUUGAUGAGGCCGAUGAAAUGCUGAGUCGUGGGUUCAAGGAUCAAAUCUAUGAGAUUUUCCAGAAGUUAAGCACAAACAUCCAAGUUGUGCUGCUUUCGGCCACCAUGCCUGCUGAUGUGCUGGAGGUGACCACCAAGUUCAUGCGUGAACCUAUUCGCAUCCUGGUGAAAAAGGAGGAGCUGACUCUGGAGGGUAUUAAGCAGUUUUACAUCAAUGUAGAACGAGAGGAGUGGAAGUUGGACACGCUGUGUGACCUCUACGAGACCCUUACAAUCACCCAGGCUGUUAUCUUCUUGAACACGAGAAGAAAGGUUGACUGGCUGACUGAGAAGAUGCAUGCCAGAGAUUUCACAGUGUCUGCUCUGCACGGAGACAUGGAUCAGAAGGAACGAGACGUAAUCAUGAGAGAGUUCAGGUCUGGCUCUAGCAGAGUGCUCAUAACCACAGAUUUACUGGCUCGUGGGAUUGAUGUGCAACAAGUUUCACUUGUCAUCAACUAUGACUUGCCAACAAAUCGUGAGAAUUAUAUCCAUAGGAUUGGCCGUGGAGGUCGGUUUGGCAGAAAAGGUGUAGCCAUCAACUUCGUUACUGAAGAAGACAAAAGGAUUCUUCGAGACAUUGAGACGUUUUACAACACAACUGUUGAGGAGAUGCCCAUGAAUGUCGCUGACCUGAUUUAAACUUUGGAGAUUUUAAUGCGGGGAUAGCCGUUGAAUGAUCACUUCCAUUUGCGCUUAUUUUAUUGGAAGAAAAAAAACUUGCUCUCCUCAAUGCUGGCUGCGGAUCCGAAUUAAGAAUUCGAUACGUGACGUUGACUCGCUGUGUGGACUGUUGUAGACUCCAACCAUAUCAGUAUUUACUGGUGGUGGUAUUUACAAAACAUGGGUUCUUUACAUGUAUUCUUUUUCAGGUCUUUUUUCCCUAGUAUGUUCAAAAUAUACGUGUUGGAUGUUCUUCAUCGUUUAGUAACUUACUUGUGGACUAAAAGAUACAAGUGCUGCAUUAAGUCUGCCAAUUAUGUUAUGGUAACAUAUGUGUGCAGUUUAACUUGGUUCACUUCACCUAUUUAGUAAUAUAAAGGCACUUUUUAGUUUUGUGCAAUGUAUACUUUAAAUGUAUAUUGUUUUAUCAAGUACUUCAUUUUGUGAAGUCCUCUUCAAAGGUGGGUCUUAACGAUGUUCAAUGAUCCAUGUAGUGUUUGGUCCAUUUGACUAAAUAAAGAGGAUGAUUAUUCUGUCCGUGAA